AUGAUACUCCUAGCAGUCCUAGCUAAGUAAUCUUUAUCAUAAAACUUAAAAAAAAAAAUAUAUAUAAUAAUUGUUUUUUAUUUAUUCUAUAGUUUAAAAAAACUAUAAAACAAAUGCUUUAAUACUUAAUACUUUUCGGCAUAAAAAUAUUUUUGUUUAUUAUAUAAAACACACAAUAUGAUAUAAGUAAUAAUAGUUAUGAUGAUGUGUACCUAUACACUCUUAAAACAUUAGUGUACCGUUCCAUAAAUCCAUAUCAAAACUUACUCAUCUUUAACCAGUGGUGGUUUUAAGAGAGGGGGCUAAUGUUCUCUUAGCCCCUCCCCCUCGGGACUAAGCUAUCUAUUUUUCUUAGACAAGUAUUAUGAUAUAUCCAUAUGAUAUCCAUAUGAUAGAGAUUUGUUAACCACGGCUAGUUCAAAAACAUCUGUUAUAUGUUAUAUUAAUGAAGGAAAAUUUAGAUAACUUUUAAGAUUUCGAAUAAAAUCUGGCAAUAAGAUAUUAGAAAAUCAUCUUAAAACAUCUCAUGCUAAAGCUACCUAUAUAAGUAAUAUAAUACAAGAAGAAAUAAUAGAAUGCUGCAAUGAAGAAAUUAUUGAUAAAAUAUUAAUAGAUAUUAAUUUUAAUAAGUUUUAUAGUAUUAUAUUUAAUGAAACUACAGAUGUAUCACAUUCAUCUUAAAUGUCACUAAUUUUAAGAUAUAUUUUUGAUAGAAAAAUAAAAAAAGAUUUUGUUUCAUUCAUAAACUUUAACACAUACUUUUAUAAUAGGCAAAAGUCAAACCAAGAGGAACAGAUUAAUUACAGUGAAGAAUGUAUAGAAAAUGAAGAAAACACCAUUAUUGAAUCAAAACUCUCAGGUGAUAUUCUUGGAAAAAUAGUAAUUAAUAUUCUAAAACAUUUAAAUUUAAACUUGAAACACUAUGUUGGAAUUGCUACUGAUGGUUGCUCGGUUAUGACAUCCACAGUUCGUAGUGCUGUUAAAUAUAUUCAAUCAAAUGUAACUCCAAACGCAGUUUAUAGCCUAUGUUCUAAUCAUUGUUUAAAUUUAUUGAUUUCUAAAUCAUCUAAUGUCAUAGCACUUAAAAACACUGUUGAUAUAAUUAAGGAAACUAUAAAAAAAUUUUAAUAUGUCAGCCAAAAGAAAUCAUGUCCUAAGAAUAGUAUUUGGUAAAGAAAAACAUUUAAUGAGUCUAUGUGAAACAAGAUGGAUUGAAAAACACAAUAGUGUUUUAAUAUUUAGGAAUUCUUUAUAAUAUAUCAUUAAAUCUAUGAACCUUAUAACAGAAUGGUAAGAUAACGAUUCAUCAGUGAAAGCUUAUUCUCUUUUAAAUUCAUUCUUUUUCAUUAACCACAUGUCAAUUUAAAAUAUCACUAUUUAUACCAUCAGAUUUACUCUACUUAACAUCACCUGCAAGUAAAUUAAUUUAAGGUGUUCAAAAUGACCUACAUUUUGCUGAAGACUGCUUUAAGGAUAUUAUAAACGUUAGGAAAAUAGACGGUCUAACAGUGAUAUAAAUUUCAAAACAAUAUUUAAAGAAAAUAUUUAUGAAAAAUUUAGAUGUAGAACUAAAAUUACCUGGUGUUGCUAAGCAUCAAAUACAUAGACCAAAUAUAAAUACUUUAUCUGUAAAAGAAUAAUUCAGAAUUUCUAUUUAUAAUUCACUGUAUGAUCAUAUACUUAAUGAUCUAAAAGAUAGAUUUUUAAGUAAAAAAAAUGUAACUGUUUAUAAAUUAUUACUUCUUAUACCAAGCUGUGUUAUUGAUAUCAAGUUGCAAGAAAUAAAUAAUAUUACAGAAAUUGUUGAUAAAGAAUACUCAUUUAUUCUCAUAGAAAAACAAUGGUUUUCAUCUGAACUUAAAUUAUGGAUUGCAAAAUGGAUCAGAGUUAAAAAUGAAGGUAAAUAUAAAAUCUAUUAUUUAUUUUUUUAGUAUUAAUUAUCUUAUAAUAAAUUAAUAUCUUAAUUUCAAGGUUAUCUACCAACUACAGUAAUAGAUGGUUUAGAUCAUUGUCAGGAUAUACUAUUUCCAAGUAUUAAAGUAUUGCUUUUAAUUAUUGGCUAUCUGCCCAUCAGUGUUUCAUCAGUUGAAAGAAGUUUGUCUACUUUGCGCAGGUCAAUACAUUAAAAAAAAAGGUCUACAUUAAAAAUUAUAAUAUCAAAUUAAUAACCAAAUAAUCUUAUUUUUCUACUAAAAUGUUUUAAAUCUAGGUUAACAGAUUGGUUAAGAUCCCAAAUGAGCCAAGAUAGAUUUAAUGGUCUAACUUUACUUCAUGUCCAUAAGGAAAAAUAA